GGAAGUAGAGUUUGGCUUACGUUAGAGGAAAGUGGGCAGAGCCGUUGAAGGAUAUCAGCUCAGGCAGAGGCAGAGAGGAGGACACAACCAGCAGAGGAGCAAGGCGUCGACAGCAGAGGGGAGGAAGCGCGGAACGAUGCUGCCGAAAGAGUCACAAAAACGACAAAAAUCGCCCACAAGAGCGACACUGACCGUGGCAGAUGACGGGGGAUAGACACGGCCUGGGAAAUGGGAUUCUACUGAUGUUUCCAAGUUACAUCAAAGAAGAUGACCCAAGCUGAAUGGGUUGACAUUUAGCCACACUCACGAGGGCAAGAAUUGAUCGAUCGGCAAUAUUUGCAGUGCAGUAGUGAAUGAGAGAUGUGGACCACCUGGGAGGUUUACGAAUUUUGAAGAAAAAGAAGACAUCUCGACCCCCAUUCACCUGGAUAAUGCUGAAGUGAAGACAGCGUUGUUUAACGUGAAGAUGGCAACUGAUUUGGCUAUUAGCCAAAGUUUGACAAGAUGAAACUGUUUUCUGACUGGACUUUGAUGUUUGGAUUUUUUGAUUUUUGUACUUCAACACGGACUGUGGAAGACCGUCGCUAGCAGUAUAAUGGACUUUUUGCAAAAUGGCAUUGUUCUCGGAAAAGCACAAAAUCAGCAAUUGUACAUUUGAUAUUCAGAUGUUGUUUUUUUAAUAAAGUGUAUGUACUCGUAAUUUUCCUGGCUUUGUGUCUUAGCUAAACUGAAAUACCACAGAGAUAUUUAUCAAUUUUGAGAACGCUGAAGUCGAUGUAGCUUGGCUAUUGUUGUAGCCAAUUCGCCUCAUGUUUUGUCUUUGCACUGACUUUAUUAGUUACCGAAGUUUUGCCCAUCAAAUCAUUAAACUGGUUAUUUUUAAGCUUUAAGCUGGGUAAAUGAGUUAUGAAAUAAUUAUUUUGCAUUCGUAUUGAUUUGGUAGUAAAUAUUUUGUAAAGUAAAGAAAAAUGGCUAGUGAAAAUGCAACAUUCUGCUUCGGUCCAGCGGUCUGUUUUAAUGUAAUUCAAUGGUCAUAAGAGUCAGUGAAUUCAAGUUAUUUGUUAUGUAGUGCAUUACAAGUAGUUUUAAAAGUUGUUCCAAAAAUGGUUGCCAAAGGCUUUCUAAAAUGGCUUCUUGCUGUCCUUCUUCCUGUCUGAGCAGGAAGUGAUGAAAUUGGUGCAGAAAAUUAUAUACACAUUUUAACAGCCUCCAAAUAUUCUUAACUUUUAUAAAGUGGGAGUAGAUGUUUCAACAUUUACGUGGGGGUUUAGGGGAAAAAAUGUAUGUAAUUUUCUAUAUAACUAACAUUGAAACAAAAUAAAAGGGGUGGGACUUAACAUCACCUGAGUGCUGGGUAAAUGGAAAUAACGUCAAUCAAAGGCAAAGCUUUCAGAGCUAGGAAGGAGCUCUACAUGGCGGCUGAGCCUUGGGAAGGGUGCCAUAGGCUUUCGGAAGACCGUUUUUCUUGCUCGUUUUUUCACCAAAAUCGAUCGAUUUUGCUCUAAAUCUUAGUGUUUACGUGAACGGUCGCUCUUUUAUCGUAAAUUUCGGGGUUUUGUAAGGUUUUCUGGCUGUUUUUCGGUGCCGUCUGAGCUGUGGGAGUGCUUGUCGUUGUUUUCCAUACAGGGCUCUGGCAGCCAUGGCGCGCCUCCAUUUUUAGUGUGCUGCUCGGCUCUGUCUCUCUGAGUCUGACAGUAGAUGUAGACUGUAAAGGCCUACAAGCUUUUUGAAACAAGUUUCUUUUUAUAAUUUAUUUUUAAGUUAUUAUUUUUAUAUUUUGUUAUUUUUAUUCGAGUCGGGUUGAACCCUCUGACAAAGCGAACGCAAAUCUAAUAGUUCACUUUUAGGUUACCACCUUUCUCUUCAUUGAAUUACUGUGUUUACAUCGUGUAGUGUAUCAAUAUAUGAUUUUUUCAUCUGCAAAUCUGAUUUUUCUUAUCCUUCUUGUGAUGACGCAGUUAGAAUUAAUUGCAUGCGGCUUGAUACGUGGACAAUAUUGAAAGACAAGUGUUGGAUAUUUUACUUAUUGUAGAAUCACUGGUCGUUUUUCUAGACUAUUUUUUAAAUAAUCGCUGUAAAUAAUGACCUCUAAAUCUUUCGAUUUAAUGUCUUUUUCAUUCUUCGUGUCGCAUUGCCUGGGUUUUAACUGCCACCUGAGCAAAGGCAACCUUACGGGACUUGAACGAUAGUUCAUGCCUCUAACUUUUUGACAGUAAAUACCAGGACAAAAGAUCAUCCUUUCAAGAUUGUCAAGGAUACUACGAUGAUGAAGAAUAAAAGUAAAAAACAAGAGGAUGAAGGAUCGACUCAAAGCAACGCAUCAAGCAAUUCAGCUUCAGAGGAGUCCAACCGCUCCGCAUCAGAGUCAGGAAGUCAGUCAGAGAGCGAGCAUGGCAGCGAGAGGAGGAGAUCCCACAACUCCGAGUCGAACAGCUCAUCAGAGUCAGAGAGUCACUCAGAGUCGGGGAGCGAGUCUGCAGGCUCCAAAUCACAGCAAACCACCACAGAAGUCAAAGACAAGCCAGUCAAAAAGAAGGAGCGAAUGGCUGAUGUAAAGAAGUUGUGGGAUGAACAUCCAGAUGUGUAUGGAGUCAGGAGGUCAAAUCGCAGCAGGCAGGAGCCGGCUCGCUUGAACAUUGGAGCUGGGGGAAGCAGUGACUCUGAGAGUGAAAGUCCAAAGAGAAAAACAUCAAGAGCAAAGAAAAAGGAACAAAUCUGGAAUGAUGAUGACUCAAAUGAUGAAGAGGAGGAGGAUGAGGAGGAGGCUUCCGACAGUACAGACAGUGAGCAGGAAGAGAAAAAAGUUAGAUCCAGACGACUUCCUGCUAGAAGACCUCAGACCAAAUCUUCAGCCAAAAAGCAGCAGUCUCAAAAAGGAAGAAAGUCCAGGAAACAGGAGUCGUCUGCUGAAGAAGACGAUGAUGACGAUGAUGACGAUGAUGAUGACGAUGAUGAGGAAGACACUCCAAAGAGACAGACACGCAGAAGGGGAGCAACUAAAGUCAAAAGCUACAAAGAGGACCAACAUGACUUUGAAACAGACUCUGAUGACCUGAUUGAAAUGACUGGGGAGGCUGGUGAGGAGCAGCAGGAUGAUGACAGCGAGACCAUUGAGAGAGUUAUGGACACCAGGGUGGCCAAAAAAGGAGCCACUGGGGCAACCACCACUGUGUACUCUGUGGAGGAAAAUGGAGAUCCUAGCGAAGGCUUCGACCCCGAGAAAGAUGAAGGGGAGACUCAGUAUCUGAUCAAGUGGAAGGGCUGGUCCUACAUCCACAACACAUGGGAGAGCAUUGACUCUCUGACGCAGCAAAAGGUUAAGGGAGUCAAGAAACUGGACAACUACAAAAAGAAAACUGAGGAGCUGAAUUCAUGGUUGAGGAAGGCCUCUCCUGAGGAUAUAGAGUUUCAUAACUGCCAACAGGAGCUCGCCGCUGAUUUGAGCAAGCAGUUUCAGUUUGUUGAGCGUGUAAUCGCUACAAAAACAGGAAAGACUGCAGGAUCCUCCGACUUUCCCUCUCACAGUCACAAAACACCAUCCUCCAAUGAGCCUGAGUAUCUAUGCAAGUGGAUGGGCUUACCCUAUUCAGAGUGCAGCUGGGAAGACGGAGCUUUGGUUAGUAAGAAGUUUCAGCAUUGCAUUGACGGCUUCACGAACCGAAACUCCAGUAAAACCAUCCCCUCUAAAGACUGCAAGGUGUUGAAGCAAAGGCCGAGGUUUGUUGCUCUUAAAAAACAGCCAUCUUAUAUUGGAAAUGAGAACCUUCAGCUGAGAGAUUAUCAGCUGGAUGGCUUGAACUGGUUGGCACAUUCCUGGUGCAGGUGUAACAGUGUAAUCCUUGCAGAUGAGAUGGGGCUCGGAAAGACUAUCCAGACCAUCUCUUUCUUGUCCUACCUGUUUCACCAGCAUCAGCUGUACGGGCCCUUCCUGGUCGUAGUGCCUCUGUCCACACUGACCUCCUGGCAGAGGGAGUUCGACACCUGGGCUCCUGACAUGAACGUGGUUGUUUACCUCGGUGAUGUCAUGAGCAGGAAAACCAUCCGAGACUACGAGUGGGUGAACCAUCAAACCAAAAGAAUCAGAUUCAAUGCUCUAUUAACCACGUAUGAAAUUCUACUUAAAGAUAAGGGAGUUCUUGGGAACAUCAACUGGGCUUUCCUGGGUGUUGAUGAGGCUCACAGGCUAAAGAACGACGACUCCCUGCUCUACAAAACAUUAAUGGAGUUCAGGUCCAACCACAGACUCCUCAUUACUGGCACUCCACUGCAGAAUUCCCUCAAAGAGCUCUGGUCACUGCUACACUUCCUAAUGCCUGACAAGUUUGAUUCUUGGGAGGAUUUUGAGGAUGAACAUGGGAAGGGAAGAGAUAACGGUUAUCAGAGUCUGCACAAAGUCCUUGAGCCUUUCCUUUUGCGCCGUGUCAAGAAAGAUGUGGAAAAAUCUCUCCCUGCCAAGGUGGAACAGAUCCUCCGUGUAGACAUGACUGCACAGCAGAAACAAUUUUACAAGUGGAUUUUAACGAGGAAUUACAAAGCUCUUGCCAAAGGCACCCGAGGCAGCUCCUCUGGCUUUCUCAACAUUGUUAUGGAGCUUAAAAAGUGCUGCAACCAUUCUUUCCUCAUUAAACAGCCUGAGGAGGGGGAGACUGAAACACAGCAGGAAAGAAAGCAGGGUGUUGUUAGAGGCAGUGGCAAACUUGUGCUGCUGGAUAAGCUGCUGACCAGAUUAAGAGAAAGAGGGAACAGAGUCCUGAUCUUCUCCCAAAUGGUCAGGAUGUUGGACAUUCUGGCUGAGUACCUCACCAUGAAUCGCUACCCAUUUCAGCGGCUGGACGGCUCCAUAAAGGGAGAAAUCCGUAAGCAAGCGCUUGACCACUUCAACGCUGAAGGCUCAGAGGAUUUCUGCUUCCUGUUGUCCACCAGAGCUGGAGGUCUUGGGAUAAACUUGGCCUCAGCCGACACAGUAGUCAUCUUUGACUCUGACUGGAACCCGCAAAAUGACCUGCAGGCACAAGCCAGGGCUCACAGGAUUGGUCAGAAGAAACAGGUGAAUAUUUACCGGCUGGUCACUAAAGGAACAGUGGAAGAGGACAUUAUUGAGAGAGCAAAGAAGAAGAUGGUUUUGGAUCAUCUUGUCAUUCAGAGAAUGGACACCACAGGUCGAACUGUACUGGACAGCAACUCAGGAAACACAAAUUCAAACCCGUUUAAUAAAGAGGAGCUGACAGCCAUCCUCAAGUUUGGUGCAGAGGAACUCUUUAAAGAAGCCGAAGGAGAGGAGUCUGAACCUCAGGAGAUGGACAUUGAUGAAAUCCUCAGGUUAGCUGAAACUAGAGAAAGUGACCAGGGCUCAAGUGCUGCAGAUGAACUUCUGUCCCAGUUUAAGGUGGCCAACUUCUCCAGCAUGGAGGAGACUGUGCCAGAUUUUGAGGAGAAGCCCUCAAGGGAGUGGGAGGAAAUCAUCCCUGAGGAACAGCGACGCAAAAUUGAGGAAGAGGAGAAGCAGCGAGAGAUGGAGGACAUUUUCAUGCUUCCCCGAAGCAGGAGCUCCAACAAGAAGGCUCAGGCCAAUGAUAGCGACAGUGAUGUGGGCUCUAAGCUGAAACAUCGCUCUUCAGGCUCUGACAGCGAGACUGAUGAUAGCGAUGACGACAAGAAGCCAAAGAGGAGAGGCAGACCAAGAGCUCGCAAAAACAACGUGGAGGGUUUCACUGAUGCAGAAAUACGCAGGUUCAUUAAGGCAUACAAGAAAUUUGGAUCUCCUCUGGAAAGGUUGGAGGCCAUCGCCCGGGACUCAGAGCUGGUUGAUAAAUCCAUAGCAGACCUGAAGAGACUCGGUGAACUUAUUCAUACGAGCUGUGUGACUGCAUUGCAGGAGCAUGAGGAACAGCUCAAAGAGAAUCCAGUUGAAGCCAAAGGUCCUGGAAAGAGGAGAGGAGUCAACAUCAAGAUCUCAGGAGUUCAAGUUAAUGCCAAGACCAUCAUCCAGCAUGAGGAGGAGUUUGAGCCUCUACACAAAGCAGUGCCAGCCAAUCCUGACGAAAGAAAUAAGUUCAAGCUGACAUGCAGGGUCAAAGUAGCCCACUUUGAUGUGGACUGGGAUCUUCAGGAUGAUGUCCAGCUUCUGCUUGGCAUCUAUGAGCAUGGCUUUGGCAACUGGGAUCUUAUCAAGACUGACCCUGAUCUUAAACUCGCUGAUAAGAUUCUCCCAGAUGAUCCUAGCAAGAAGCCUCAAAGUAAGCAGUUACAAGGGAGAGCCGAGUAUCUCCUAAAGCUGCUGAAAAAGGAACAAGACAACACGGAUGUGUCUAAAACUGAGGGAGAGGUCAAAGUGAGGAAGAGGAAGCCUCGUGUGAAAAAAGAGAAGCUCCUCAAGGACGAACAGGGCAAUGAAAUCUCGUCCCCCCAUCUGUCUGACAACCCAUCAGAAGAAGGCGAGGUCAAGCAGGAUAAUGGAGCUGAGAAGUCCCCUGCCAAGAAGAGACAAAAGAAAAAGGAUAACAAAGAGAACAAAGAAAAACAGGGAACUCCUAAAAAAGAGAAAGACGGGGACAAAGACAAAAAAGGUGCCAAGCCAAGAAAAGAAAAGGCUAAAGGAACCAAAGGGAAGAAGACCCAAGGUCCAGUUCACAUCACAGCCGGGUCUGAGCCUGUUCCCAUUGAAGGAAAGGAGGACGAUGAACUGGACCAAGACACUUUCAGUAUUUGUAAGGAGCGCAUGAGGCCGGUGAAGAAGGCCCUGAAGCAGCUUGAUAAGCCGGACGAGGGGCUGUCUGACCAGGAGCAGCUUCAGCACACUCGCACAUGCUUACUGAAGAUUGGAGACCGAAUCACAGAGUGCCUUAAAGCCUACAGUGACCCUGAACAUGUGAAAAUAUGGCGAAGAAACCUCUGGAUAUUUGUGUCAAAGUUUACAGAGUUUGGCGCAAGAAAGCUUCACAAGCUUUAUAAAAUGGCACAGAAGAAGCGUUCACAUGAGGAAGAGAAAGAGCAGAAGAAGAAGGAGGAUCCUGCAGGGAGGACUAAGUCUUUCAGACCGGAGCCGUCUGGUUCAAGUCGAGACUCCAUGGGCGCUCAGCCACCCUCCAAAGCUGCACCUCAUCCCCCUCAGUCAGGCCCCCACGGACACCACAGAGAGCCGUACAACACAGCUAAUAAACGGCACUUCAGCAAUGAUGACAGGGGAGACUGGCAGAGGGACCGUAAAUACAAUUACCCAGGUAACAGCAACCAAACAUGGCAGGGAGAACGACAUCACCCCUAUGACCAGCAUCGCUACAAGGAUCACUAUGGUGAUCGACGUUCCCAUGGAGACCCAUACCGCUCAGGCAAUUACCGCAACAACAACAGCUCCCCUCGCAAACGACCGUAUGACCAGUAUGGGAAUGACCGGGACCACAGGGGCCACCGGCCCUAUUACGACAGACAUCUGGAUCCUAAAAGAAGACGUCCAGAUGACUUUCGUCCUAACUACCACCAGGGUCGAGAGGGUCCUCUGCAGGAUUUCCGGAGGAUGCCAGAGCACAGGCCAGCAGGUCCACCUGGCCCCGAACACUACAGCAGACCCUUUCACCCAGACAAACCUCCUCCUCAGCUUGACCCUCGCUCCCCGCAGGCUCAGAAGUCUCCCCAGGACUCCCGCUCUCCACCUGAACGGCCUGCAGAUCCCAGUGCAGCUGUAGAUCCAAACUGGAACAUCAGGAAAACAUAGAAGUAUGCCAGUGCUGGCCUAGAAACCAAUCUGGGUAUGUUUUAUCCAGCAUCAGAGGCACAUGCUGCUGAUGGACAAGACUGGACUUGCCAAUCAUAAGCUCGCAGGUGGAAAGGGAAUCAAUAUGGACUCUCUUUUGCCAGCAAAACUAGUUUGCUCUUUUCCUCUCAGUAACUGGCUGUGAAUGAUUCAUGCCCUGAAGGAAGAAGUGUGUUUCCUCCUUUCAUCUUCAUGAUGUAAAACUAAAGCCGGCAUCUUUAUUUAAAUGAACUGACUUUAUUGGUCAACCUUGACUAAGACUGAGUGGACAAUGACAGAUGCUUAGUCCCAUGGACUAUUAUCUAAGGAGGGUUUAGGAUACAUGAACUAUUACAAUCCUAAAAGUGCCUGAAGGUUUUGGCCUUUUUUGAAUGAAUAAUGUACGGGAUUAUUCCCAAAUGAAGCACGACAUGGACAUGCAUUUUUUGAGUGUGUGUGUUUAGCUUUAAGUCUCACAAAUGAUGUCAUUACAAUAGAAUGUGUAUUAUGUUAUCAUCUGCACCUUCAAAAUGUUCAUCUUGAACAUGUAGCUGAACCGAAUCAUGGAGUUUCACCAUGUGGGGGUUCGACUGUGCCGUGAUAAGACGGCCUGAUUCUGUUUGACAUUUGAAUGAUUAAUCAUGCCAGUAUCUUUCCUCCAGACACUCUACAUGAAGUUUUAGGAGGUUUUAGCAAAGUCAUAUUUCUUGUGUACAAGUAAUAGUUUGUUCUGUAAUUGUGUAGUGAUAUAAAUCAUUGCAAUCCUCUUGCUCUGUUCACUUUAACCACUUUCCCUUCAGUAGGCCCAAUGAAAUGAAGCUCUGUAAGCAGUAUUUAUUGCACAGCACUGUGCAAAGGUUAAUAACACUAUGACUUAGAACAAUCCUUUAUAUUUGCCUUUCAGUAUUACAAAGGUUAAUGAUGGUACUUCAGUGUACAUUUUAUAAUUCACUCAUCUUUACAUUUGCUGUAUAUGAGUACUUGAUUAUGUUCAAAGUACUCUGAUAAACAUUUUUUUGCUACUUCAUGGUUGUAGUUUGGAUGCUCAGACAGCUGCUGGUAGGUUAUAAGGUGUUACUGGGACACUUCUGAUGACAUUUCCUUGUUUAUUCUACCUUUUUUCAUCUUUUCCUGUGCCAAAUCCAGCCCUGCCCUGGCCCUACAUCGUUUUCUGUUUUUUAAAGCUUCUCCUUUUGUGCCUUAUUUAUGUGUGUAUCAUAAUUAUGUGUGUUGGCUAAUAGACAAUACCGGGGUCUAACGCAGUCAAGAGGUGUUGUAUUACAGUCAGAUUUUUCCACUGAAUGGCUGAAGAUGGGUGAAGGGACCAUGUAUUCUUUUGAUCAUUGUGUGAUUUUGAAAAGGGUUGAUGGUUUGAGGGGGAAAAAGCAAAUGUUAAUACACAGAAAUCAUGUGUUUGGUCCAGGGGCACUUAAUAGACCCGUUACAGUGAACAGCCAGCUCUUCUUCCACAUUAAGCAAGCCACAGUUCCUGUAUCAUAUGUUCUUUAAGAAGUCUAAAUAAUUUAUAUUUGUGACAGAACCACUCUUCAUGAGAAAUGUGCUGUACAUAUGUUGGAACAUAUGUAAUAAACUUUGUUACACAA